AUGAAAAUCACUAAUAUAGCCUUUGAUUUUUUCUAAGAAAAGAGUGAUUCUGAAAAUGAAUUCAAAAAAGUUUUUAAUUAGAUAAUGGAAAAAUAUAAAGAGCACAUAACUACAAUUUUUAAUUCUAAAAUUUAAACUCUCCAAAAUCUAUUCAGUAAACUAAUAUUAACAAAAACUAAUAAUUUUCUAGAGCCAACAGCAGGACCCAUACUACCUGAUAGCAACAGAGUGCACAAAAAACAAUAAGCCAAAGAUGACAUUAUUCUUAUCAGGAAAUUUCAAAAUGAUAAAUUGAUUACAGAAAUUAAGGAGAACAAGUUGUUAAAGAAUUUAGAAAAACAAUUAAACUAAAAGAGAAGAAUAAACAAUUAUGAAGAAGGUGAUCAUAAACCAGAAUUGCAAAUGUCAUAAAUUAGAAACAUGUAUUUAUCAUAUGAUACUGGAAAAUUGACUUUAACUUUUGUGAAUUUGAAUAUUGAAGAAAUGAGUAAUUGUCUAGCUUGGGCUAUUUUGAAGCAUAUUCAUUUUAGUAAAAGAAAUAAUUAUUCAAUGAUGAAAAAUUCUAGCAUUCCUUUUUCCAUGGAUUUUAGAUUUCGAGGCAUAUGUACGAAUUAACAAGAUACUUCUCAAAAUCCCAUCAAAGAACCAUCUUAAUUGCAUCUCUAUAGCGAAUAAUAGUAACAAUAAAUGGGAUUAUUUUAAUCUUAAUAGAUCUAAUAAUUAGACAAAACCAACUUAACCAAUAAAUGGAAUAAAACUUUUUUCUAAAUAAGUGAGAAAACUCUUAGCAAAGAUGAAAAUGAGUUCGAUAUUAAAAGAUAGGAAAUUAAAGAAAUAUCGAAGGAAAGUUUUCCUCAUUAAUUACAAUUUGAAAAUGAUGAUUAUUUGUAGAAUGAAUAAGAUUGCGAUAUCUGUUCGGAAGAAGAAAUUGAUGAUUAAACUUAAAUCACAAUGAAUAAUAAAAUGAGGACGAAUCCUUUAGUCCUAUUAAACCUAAAUAUAUGA